AUGGUCAACCAUUGUUAAAUUAUCAACAUUUAGAUUUAAUGUUAAAAAAUUAUCAAAAUGUUGUACCAUUUAAAUUGACAGAAAAUGUGAAUCUGACGGCAAAUACCGAUAAAUUCAGUGUUGGAAAGAGUGUGUCUUUUGAAUGUAAAUACUAUUUGAAAUCUAGCGAUCAAUUACAGACAAUUGCUUAUUAUAAGGAAGGCAUUGAUGAGUUCAACCCUUUUUAUUUUCUACACAAUACAGGUGAAAAAUUUUCAAGCAGUCAAAUAAAAGGUGUCCAAUAUGUGACUAACGAUAAACUGGACAAAACAAAUAUGAUUUUGUCUUUGACUGUAUUUAAUACAACACUCGACACUGAAGGCAGUUAUAUGUGUCAAAUAUUUUAUAUUAAUGGCACGUAUGUUAGUCCCGGAGUAUUUCAGUUAUAUUCUGUUAAAUCCAAAACAAUUCAAAUUAAAAACAAUUGUUAUCAAACAAAUGUGUCAAUUAUCACAAUUGCUAUUUUGUCAUUAAUACUUUGGUUUAAUCAAUAA